AAAGAAAACGGUGUUCUCGCCAGGACCUACCCCAGCUUUUAAAAAGGUGCUCGAGUACAAAACCGGAUGCAAAAGAGACCUUUUCCGUGACUAAGUUUAAACAAUUUUCUUAAAAAUAACCGAAGAAAUCGUUCCUGAUCACGUCUACCUGUGAUGGUGACGCCAAGCUAACCUCGCACCUGCGCAGGCACAAGGCGGCGACUGGCAUCCUCCUUGACUGAUUGAAAGUAGGUCACAAGCGUUAACCGUCGCUGGCUUGUCAAUGACCAACAUGGCGACACACUCGGAAGUACUGCGGUGGCUUCGAUUGCCCUUCGUGUUUGCUGUGCUGGUGUUUCUCCGUUUUCAGCAGGUGAAAUGUUACGCACCUGAUAUCGAGGUGACGUGCAAGUCGACGGUGGACCUGCAGUCGUUGGGCUAUGAUGCUGGUGUACUCAUCUCCCGUUUGCCGAGUCGCAUCCCGAUCUACGCCAACGUGGAAGAGAAAUGCGAUAUACACAUCAGCAUCCCAGUGGGCUACGAGCUCAUGCUGUACUUUGAUUGGCUGGAAUUCCUCGGCAGUGACGUCACACGAUGCGAGAGCACCAGCUGGAGCUGUUUGACGGCUCUCCCGGCACCUACAUCACAGGUCUGCAGAAGAAGGUCUGUGGACGGGAGGAAGAUAUGCCAAAAGACAUGUUCUUCGUGUACAAGAAUUUCCUGAUCUUGAGAGUGGAGGCUAACGGGGUCAUCAUGGGGUCUGGCUUCCGCAUCCACUUCACCCGUUACCGCAUCACCAUUCCCUGCUCGCGAGACGAGUUCAUGUGCGAGACGUUCGGCAGGACGAGGUGCAUCGCCAACCACUUGGUGUGCGACGACUGGAACGACUGUGGCGACUGGGUGGACGAGGAGCAGUACUGCGACCGGCUGACAGGUGGCGCCAUCGCUGGUGUCGUCCUCGCCGCCGUCUUCUUCGUCGGUCUCUUCGUCUUCCUCGUCAUCUGGUUCUGCAAGUGCAGGAACAGCGACUCAGGGGCGGACGAGGAGAAGGACGCUGACUUCAUGAUGAGACUGAGGAACCCUGAUGCAUCUGAGAUCUCCAAGAGCAGCAACAUCGGGACGAUGGCGCCGUUCGGCGUGUCUUCGGAGAGCAUGGAGCGACAGGAGUACGCGCCCCGCUACAGCAAAGGUCAGUCCGGCAGCCGCGGUCGUCUGUCGCGCUCGCAGGACCUCAGCAUCCCCGAGCACGACGACGCGCCGCCUCCCUACGUGGAGAAAGGCCGCUACGUCGACGACAGCCGCAGCGAUGGCGCCAGCGAUGUCUUCGAGGACAGUCGGCCGAGGUCGCGGCGGAAGAGCAAUGGCCGGGCCCGCAACAACGACGACAUUGACGAGGAGGAGGAAAUGGAGCCGCCACGCAUGCGCAGGCCCCGCAGUCGUAGCCAGGAGGACCGUCUGAACGCCCGGCCGGCGGAGGUGGAGGCGGUGGCAGUGCGACCGGUGAAAGAAGAAGUGCACUUCGUGGCGCGGCCGGACGACCGGUACGCGGCAAGGAAAAGCGGAAGGGACUCGCCGCCUGAGGACGACCGCUACCCGCGCAACGGCCGCUACCCACCCAGGCGUGACGAGUGGGAGCCGGAGUACGACGACCGCUACCCACCACGUGACGACCGCCGUCAAUCCUCUGGGCGCGACGACAGAGACAGAAGGGAUAGACGAGACGACAGAGAUCCCAGGGAUAGACGAGACGACAGAGAUCCCAGGGACCGGAGAGACGACAGAGAUCCCAGGGACCGGAGAGACGACAGGGAUCCCCGAGAUAGGCGUGAUGAAAGAGAUCCCAGGGACAGAAGGAGCCAGAGGGAUCCUAGAGAUAGGCGGUCCUUCCCUCGUGACGCCUCCGACGAGGAUGAUGACCCCAGCAGUGUCCGAGACUCCCUGCAUCCUCUGCGCGAGAAGAGAAAGUCGUUGCAGGACCUCGGCACUGACGACGAGAGAAGAUCGCGAGGUGGGCGCAGUGGAGACGAGCGUUCCAUCCCCGCCAGUGAGGAUGAAUUUCCACCACCACCAAGUCAAUGGGAGGAACCUCCCCCGUCCCGGCGAAGACCAGACGCGAGAGCCGCGACACCGCCACCGCCGCGUGCCGCGCGAGAUGACAGCUUAGACAGCGACCAGGAUGAGCGGGAACCGCCGCGCGUCCGUCAUAGUCAGCGCCCCACUACCGUAACCCCCACCUCCAAGGCUCCUCCAGCGACUGCCAAACCCUCACCUGCACCCGCACCCGUACCCGUACCCUCACCCGCAUCCGCAUCCGUCACCUCUGACAUCGCGCCAGACGAUCCUCCGCAACGCCGCCGCCGCCGUCGCAGCCGCAGCCGCGAGGGGCGAGAAGGGGGAAACAGACCCAGCAGGGGAGACGAGGUUCCGCCGGUGGUGCUGCGCGACUACGACGACGAGGACGACGACCCCCACCCCUACAAGAUUCGUGGAGCGAGCUACCGAGAGGAGGCCGUGUGAAGACAAGGGGAGAGAAAUAAAUUCUGCAACUUUGGAGUUGUAUACCUUUACAACGGACAGGGUUAGUUCAACGGACCGGAACGGUUAGUUUCUAGAUGCUCCCAUGAUUAUGUCUUGUAGGAUGCAACAGGCAUUGACUGACUGGUGGGGUUGCUAACGGGCAAUGUUGCGGAUAAGAACGGACCUCAGUUGUAGAGAGAAAGAAGAAGAAGAAAAAAAACGAACAAUCCCUCUAAGGAUCUCUAAUAAGCGGCCUUAAUCUGGAGUUAUCUGUACAUAGUUGUACUUUUUGUACAUAACAAUAUGUUUUACAAUAUUUAAUAGGAUCAAAGACACGAUGUACGCAGUAGGACUCUGGCCACCAUAGCAUUUUUUCAGAUUUUUUAUUUCAUUACUGUAAUUAUCCUCAUUACUGUAAUUAUCCUCAUCAGUCGCGACACCUUGGUAGACAUGUUCAUCUCUGCUCAAUCCAUCUCGCUGACUGGAGGCUGCUUGUGAACUGCGGGAGUUAUCCAGGCAGACAACUCCAGGCAAUCACAGCGAACCUCACCAUCCUCAUCUAGUUGCUGCAGUUUCCUCCCUUUGCUUUGUUUUGCUUCUUUCCUUCUGAGAUGGGAGAUAACUUCCGUAGCCCUGUAUUGCUGCUCAGCCUGAUAUUCUGUAGGAACUGCCAUUAGCCUCGUCUCAGAUGUUUGUUCAUAAUCUCUGAAAUAUUGUGUAAUACAGUUUGAUUGUGUUAAUGAUACAUACAGCCUUGUGAGUUUUUAUCUUUGAUUACAUUCUGAUUUUUAUGAUGUGACAAUUGUAACAAAAAAAAAAAA